AUGGAUAACGUCCUCUCAGUGGACUCAGACCUCUCCCCUAACAUCUCCACCAACACCUCAGAGCCCAACCAGUUCGUGCAGCCGGCCUGGCAAAUUGUUCUCUGGGCAGCUGCCUACACAGUCAUAGUGGUGACUUCCGUGGUGGGCAACGUGGUGGUGAUGUGGAUCAUCUUGGCCCACAAGAGAAUGAGGACAGUGACCAACUAUUUCCUGGUGAACCUGGCCUUCGCGGAGGCCUCCAUGGCCGCGUUCAAUACAGUGGUGAACUUCACCUACGCUGUCCACAACGAGUGGUACUACGGCCUGUUCUACUGCAAGUUCCACAACUUCUUCCCCAUCGCUGCUGUCUUCGCCAGUAUCUACUCCAUGACAGCCGUGGCCUUUGAUAGGUACAUGGCUAUCAUCCAUCCCCUCCAGCCUCGGCUGUCGGCCACGGCCACCAAGGUGGUCAUCUGUGUCAUCUGGGUGCUGGCUCUCCUGCUGGCCUUCCCCCAGGGCUAUUACUCAACCACAGAGACCAUGCCCAACAGAGUCGUGUGCAUGAUCGAAUGGCCCGAGCACCCCCACAAGAUUUACGAGAAAGUCAACCACCAGCACUACCACCAUACUGUCACUACCACCACCAGCACCUCCACCUACAUCACCGCCAUCGCCAUUACCAUCACCUCCACCAUCAUCGAUACAUCUAUCAUCAUCACCUCUACCACUACUAUCACUUCCACCAUUUUCACUUCUACUACCACCAACACAGCCAGUAUCAUCAUCAUCACUGUCAUCAAGACCACCAUCACCAUUACCACACUGUCACUACCAUGCAGAAGUUUCCACCACCACCUUGGAGAACCCACACUAUAA